AUGGCUAUUCAGGCGGAGACUAGUGGUUCGGUGGCUCUUCUUCCCGAUAUUCGGCAGCUGGUAUUCCAGCAGCUUGUCUGGGUCCCUCCGCCUCCACCUGCUCAAGUAACCCGAGACGACAUCAGACAGCCUGAUCUGGCAGCCGUGGUGAGGGUCAGCAAGCUGUUCAACAAUCUCGCGGCGCCUUACCUCUACUCCACCAUUAUCACCUCUAAUCUCCCUUCCCUCUCCUACGGCCUCGACGAUCCUCCUAUCCCCGACAUCCCAUCCAAGCACCCUCCUCUCCCGCGGCGGCGUUCAUUGGGGUUGGUGCAGCCUACGGAGCGAGGCCUGGACGCCCUCGCGAUCGCAGAGUGCGAAGGGGUCUCAAGUAGCUUGGGCAAGCUGGCGAGAUCAGGCGCCUUCUCUCGCCUCAAGGUCGUCUCGACGGGCGCGUAUCUCGGAUGGGAGCUGGACGACUAUUCGGAGCUUUUCGUCCGUGUUCCCCGGAACGCCCUUCUCGACGAGCGAAACGUCUCGGCUCGGCAAGCGCUGUCAAGCGUGUCAGUGGGUCGUCGCUGGCCCGCUCACAUUCGCUACACCGGGGCGAUGAACUACCGGGCGGAUGUAUCGAAUGCGGGCGCAGCUAUACCCGUCGUUCUCGGUGGACAAGCGCGGUGGUACUGGGAUGUACCACUGUCCCUCCCGGAUGCCGGAGAUGAGCUGGAUCAGCUGCUGCAGCUCCUCUCCGCGUCUUUGAUCGGUCAUGUCGUCGAGCGGCUGGGCGAAUACAGGAAGCUUGACCCAUCAGCGGCGGACCGGGACCCACCUAUCUUCCUCGACAUCUACCUAAACGAGCUUCUCGGCGAGCAGCCCAUCGUGGAGACUCUGCGCAAGUCGGUCCCGAUCGCGGUGAGGAAGACGUACACCGCGUUAGGGAUUCCCACAUCUCGUCACCCGGGAGAACUGGCUCCGCCAUGCGAGGCGUGUGGGUGGUCUCGGUCUACUGUUGAGUCGGAGCCGCGAGCACCGCUGUCCAAAGGCGUAGCAAAUGCCUACCGCGCUGAGACACAAUCAGUGAUCACCGAGACGUUUCCAGAAGUUCCUGCCUCAGGUUCGUAUGAUUCUGGCGGCUGA